UGUUCUAUAGCACUGUGUCUACAUCCCAAAAACGAUCAACGAAAGACCAUCGAGGAAAUGAGUUUAGAAUAUGAAGAUGAGAAGAACUCAAUGAUAGCUAUUUCCGAGACUGACAGCAAUACUUAUGAAGAUUUUUACGACGAGAUGGAUAAUCGUUUACGAAUAGGGCACUCAAUGAACAUGAUAUUCUUCGGACCUCCGAGUUCGUUCCUAAGACUUGACCCAGAAACUAUCUUGCAUCUAUUAAUACACACGAAAAAACAGUUAAUACCAAUCACCAGAGCCUUGCUAGCCUGGGAUAUCAUAACAGAUGGCAAAACAGCAGCAUUUUUACAGGGUCGAGAAUUUCUUGCUUUCGGUAGUCUGUUAAAUGUUGUGCCAGAGGAAGAUUUGUACUACGUUAAUUUUGGAGAUUAUUCAGUAUAUAAAUAUUUUACUAAUCACUAUGUUAACUUAGAUGAUCGAAAGUAUGGUGUAUUGGUAGCGGCUUAUAGAAGAUAUUUCGGUAGCGACUGGUACGUAAAUGGGACAAGGAUAAAUGAAUUAGGAUUUUUGCUAUGCGGUUUCCCUGAAUAUGAGUUUAGAAAAAUUACACCGAACAUUUUUAAAAAAUUAAACAUGGAUGUCUUGGGUAGACUCCAACGGUGUAACGUUAAUCAGAAGAAGGCGUUAUUCGACAUCGCUACUCAUCCGGAUGCGUAUGGAGAACCUUAUAAAUGGUCGUCUCAUGAAAUUAAUCGUCUUAACGAAUUAUUUAUUUGUAUUCCAAAAGAACAAAUAAGCGUACUAGAGCUUGAAGCGAUACCGGCGAUCAGUCCGAGAGUAAUGACCUUCUUAGAUCAAACGAAGUUGCAAUAUUUCACCAAACCGCAAAUAUUAAGGAUGAAUCCAAAAACGAGACGAGUUUAUAUUUUAAGAAUGCAGUUAAGGAAUAGUUUGGAUAUGAGUCAAAUUGCAAGGCAAAGGGGCAAACGCUUGAAGCCAUGGUUAUUUUGUACUGUCUUUGUCCAACAAUUAUUUAGUUAUUAUUGAAAUAUAUAUUUUUGGUUUCAAUUAAA